ACUGGAGUCCUCCCACAGUCCCACUAGUGCUGUUUCUCCUCCCUCUCCCCUCCAUCCAAUCAGUGUUAGUGAGUCACAAUCAAGUGGCAGCUGUCGGUUACUGGAACUGGCAGUUUAGCUGUGGAUUCCCGCUCCUGAGCAUCACACAGGGGUCCCCAGGGAAGGCAGUGCUCAUAUUCAGUGCUGGAGAGAAGUCCUGACGUCUCCACAUUCCCUCGCAGCUUCUCGGGAUCUUUUAACCAUCACAGGCUCCUUGGCUCCACUUCAGCUCCACUUCAGCCUUCAGGGAGUUGUGCGCUUACUUUUACUCUCCAUUGUGAGGUGCCAGGCUCCUCCCCCUCCCUAUAAUUAUAAGAAGAAGAAGAAGAAUUGGGAAGAGAGAAGGAGAAGGCAGUAGAUCAGGGGGGUCAUGCCCUGCCCCCCAGGAGACGGGACAAAGCCUUUUAUGGUCGGAGCCGCCUGUCCCAGUGUAUCAGAGAGUGGGGGGAGCAGCAGAGGGUGGUGCUGAAGGGACAGCUCCCCACGUCUCACUCAGCUUCAGCCUCCAGUUCCUUCUUCUGCUCAGCCGAGACAAGAGGCCGGACCUCUGAGGGACCCUCUGGUGCAGUCAUGACCUGCGAGUGCAGAGCAGCCCCCCAGCUCCCCAAAACCAACAGCCUCUCAAAAUGAAGAGGCAAAACGUGAGGACCUUGGCUCUGAUCCUCUGCACCUUCACUUACCUGCUGGUGGGAGCUGCAGUCUUCGACGCCCUGGAGUCUCAGGAGGAGACCAAAGAGAAUGAGAGUCUGAAGGAGAAGAAACGGGACUUGCUGAGCGUGUACAAUCUGACCGAGGACAAUUACCUGGAGUUGGAGCGAGUUGUUCUCAAACUGAAGCCUCACAAGGCGGGAGUACAAUGGACCUUUGCCGGCUCCUUCUACUUUGCCAUCACUGUGAUCACCACUAUAGGUUAUGGCCAUGCAGCACCCAGCACGGAUGGAGGCAAAGUCUUCUGCAUGUUUUACGCCCUACUGGGAAUCCCACUCACCUUGGUCAUGUUCCAGAGCCUGGGCGAGAGGAUCAACACCUUGGUCAAGUAUCUCCUGCACAGCAUCAAGAAGUGCCUUGGCAUGAGACGGGCUGAGGUCUCCAUGGCCAACAUGGUCACCAUUGGGUUCUUCUCUUGCAUCAGCACCCUGUGCAUCGGAGCCGCUGCUUUUUCUCACUAUGAACAAUGGAGUUUCUUCCACGCCUACUAUUACUGCUUCAUCACAUUGACCACCAUUGGGUUUGGAGACUAUGUGGCCCUACAGAAGGACGCGGCUCUACAGAAUAAACUCCAGUACGUUGUCUUUAGCUUUGUCUACAUUUUAGCUGGGCUCACGGUCAUUGGCGCGUUCCUCAACUUGGUCGUACUCCGUUUCAUGACCAUGAAUGCUGAAGAUGAGAAGAGGGAUGCCGAGCAUCGGGCUUUGCUCACCCAGAAUGGUCACUCCAGCUUUCACACCACCGACACCAGCUCUUCAUCGGGUGGAUUUCGGAAUGUUUAUGCCGAGGUGCUCCAUUUCCAGUCCAUGUGUUCUUGUUUAUGGUACAAGAGUAGGGAGAAGCUCCAGUAUUCCAUCCCAAUGAUCAUACCUAGAGACCUUUCCAGUUCAGACACCUGUAUAGAGCAGGGGAACCUGACCCCGGGCAGGUGCAUAAGCACAACCUCCAAUGGUUGCAUCUGUAACACCCAGCACUCGGCCAUCAGCUCCGUUUCUACUGGAUUCCACAGUCUCUCUGCCUUCAGGGGGCUCAUGAAGAGGAGGAGUUCUGUGUAGGGGAACAUUCCCUGCUUGGAUCAGAGCAUCUACAGCAAAACUAGUGUGGGGCCAUUGCAGGAAAUUAUCAGACAAAUGCUCCAUUGAGAAUGUCCAUUUAUGUGUUUGUUCCAGUACUGUGUGUCCAUAUUAGACCUAUUUUAGGUCCAACGCUGGUCUGUAGACCAUAUUUGAUGCCAUAGUGCAGGUCUGCCUGACAGUGAUCCAUAUCAUUUCCUAUGUUUGUGCUUCCAGCCAACUUUGAGAGGGUCAUCAGGACGGUAGGGUCCAAUAGGCUUCUAAUUUAGUCCAGUGAGGCAAUGCUGAUAUCUGAUUUCUAAACAUUGAAUUUAACUUAAGAACAUUACAGACUGAGAUGAGCACAGGCCCAGUUUGAUUGAAACCCUCCAUAUCUCAGGUAAUAACCAGCUGAUCCAUCCACUUAUUGACUGUCUCACAUCUGAGCAACCUCCCAUUAUCAAACGAAAUCCCUCUGCCCUACACAAUAGCUGCCAGCGAGAAGUGCCCAAGUCUGACAGACAGAAGGUAAAGCAAGAAGAAAGCCAACAUACCAGAGGCAGAAGAAACAAGAUAGGGCCACAUGAAUGUAGAGUGCAAUGCUUGUGCUACUUCAGUCUAGAGUAGGGGUUCUAAACUUUUGUAUUCAUAACCCCCUGUAUCAUUCAGCAUUUAGGCACAUCCACUUGCAUCCACUUGCACCCACAAAUAAGCACUCACCCCAAAUCUCCCCCUAACUGACCUUCAGGCUGGGCCCCCUUAGCUCAUAACAAGGUUACAGAUAUAUAGAAACAUUGGGGUGUCACCCUGCUAUAGUUCCAGGGGUAC